UGGAGACUGAGCAUAAGAACAAGAUAAAGAAAGCUCGUGCCCAUGGUAUCACUCCAUCUCCUAAACGUAAAAAUGUUAUCCCUCCAACUUCAAGAUUUAAGAAAACUACAGUUCAAUUAUCAGUAACGAAUUCUGAUAUAGCAGAAACCAAUGACGAAAUUGUUACUUUAUCAGUAGCGUCUAAUGAAAAUGAUUCACCAAGACACAAUAGUAUUACCACUACUAAUUUCGAUGAUUCUGAAUCACCUACCAUUACCCCUCAUACAACUAAAUCCUCAAGACCUUCAAAAAUUCCAAUCUGA